AUGGCCAACUGGAGUCCAUCGUCGUGGACAACCAAGCCCAUCAAGCAAGAUGUGGUGUAUGAAGACGUGCAGGGUGUCAAAGAUGCCCUCUCACAAUUGCAGCGUCUGCCGCCUUUGGUUACUGCUCGGGAGAUCAACAACCUCAAGAGCAAUUUGAAAAAAGUCGCUCUGGGCGAAGCUUUUGUCCUGCAGGGUGGCGAUUGUGCUGAGCUGUUCGACUACUGCAAUCAGGAGAUGAUCGAGGCAAAACUCAAGCUCCUGCUACAGAUGAGUUUGAUUUUAAUCUGGGGUGCAAACAAGCCUGUCAUUCGAAUUGCUCGCAUUGCUGGACAGUUUGCCAAGCCCCGAUCAAGUCCCACUGAAACCGUGAACGGAGUCGAGAUGCCCUCCUUCCGAGGAGACAACAUCAAUGGCUUCGAGGCCACUCCUGAAUCUCGCAAGCCAGACCCUGCACGUCUAGUCUCGGCUUACUUCCACUCUGCUGCAACGCUGAACUACAUGCGUGCCUCUCUCUCCUCCGGUCUCGCAGACUUGCACUCCCCCAUGGACUGGGGUCUUGGUCAUGUCAUCGAACCCUCAAUCAAGGAUCAGUACUCCCGGAUCGUCAAUUCCGUCCAAGACGCCCUGCGAUUCAUGCGUACGGUGGGAAUUGACAAGGACCGCGGCGUAGAGACCGCCGACAUUUACACCAGUCACGAAGGUCUCUCAUUAGAAUACGAGUCCACCAUGACUCAAAUGCUCAAGCAGCCCGUCAAAUCCGAACACGGUACAGUGACUCAGUCCAACCCUGCCUGGUACGCCACAUCAGGCCAUUUCCUCUGGAUCGGUGACCGAACGCGGCAGCUCGACGGAGCUCACGUCGAAUUCUUCCGGGGCAUUUCCAACCCCGUCGGAAUCAAGAUCGGUCCUACCAUGGCCGCUGAUGAGCUUGUUCGAUUGUUGGACGUCGUGAACCCCAAUAAGGAGAUUGGCAAAGUCACAUUGAUCUCUCGCUAUGGCGCAUCUAAGAUCGCCCAAUACCUCCCCGGUCACAUUGCCGCGGUCCAAGCAUCCGGCCACAUCCCCGUCUGGCAAUGCGACCCCAUGCACGGCAACGGCAAGGCUACACCCUCCGGAGUGAAGACCAGACACUUCACCGAUAUUCUGUCGGAGCUCAAGCAAGCUCUGGAAAUCCAUCGCCAGGCCGGUUCUUUCCUCGGUGGAAUGCAUCUUGAGUUGACUGGCGAGGCUGUCACGGAGUGCGUGGGAGGUGCUGCUGGUUUGACUGAAGACGGUCUUGGAGAGCGCUACACUACAUUCUGCGAUCCACGACUGAAUGAGAAACAAGCUCUCGAGCUUGCCUUCCUGGUCGCAGGGUUCUAUCGCGAAGAAUCCCAGGUUUGA